CCCUCCGCAUGUGGGUCCCGCAAAAUUUUAUCCUCCCGUCCUCUCCCAUUCUCCUCCCCUCACCUUCACGGGCAUCUCUCCCUCUGAUGCAGCAAACAAUGGAAGGCGGCUGCCCACAGCGGUGAUUGGCCUCCCUUCGCUCACUGCGCCGCAUCACCUCCUCCUUCCCUGCCUCCUUCAGCGCAUCGGGCGGGCAGCUCCCUGGGGCUCUACCAAGCUCAAAUCGUUCUGGGCGGCCGUGAUUCACUGCAGUGGCCAGCGCCCGAGCGAGGCAAGGUGGUGGUUGCGUGUGUGCUCGGCGUGCGGCGGGGCCCGCUUCAGGCGGCACGGCGCGGCCGUGAAGGCGGGUGGAGGCAGAGGGGUGGAUUUUGCACGGGCCGAUGAGGCGGAGGCUCGCUGCCGCGGCGUCGCGGGCGAGGCCAUGAAUGGGAGCGGCCGCGCUGUGCGUCUGCAUACAUAGAGGCCUUGAGUGGAGCGCUGCCGGGCCGUGGACAGCUGCGUACACAGGCCGGGGCAGCACCCUGCGGCAGGGUGCUUUGGCUCGUUAGCAUCAAGUGUUUGAGUUAGGAAUGGGUGUCUUUGCUGGUUUUGAUUAAGCAUUAAGUAACAAUAUGGUUUUGAAUAGGUAAUAAUAUCUUUUUGGAAUUAGCUAAUUAGUGUAUUUUUCUCAUGUUCUUUUAAUCAGCCAUUUUGGUUCUACUGGUGAACUUUGCAUAAUUUAUUUGUAGGCAAGUUAUGCAAGAUCAACAAAUAAAAUAAUCAUUUGACAAUUACUACCAGUAAAUAGUUGUGUAUUGGUUAUGUAUUAAAUUUCACUAGUUCUGCGUUAACUUGACUUCCUGCGUUGCGUGGUACCUUCUUACCGUCUCACCUACGCAACACUCGUCAUAAGAAGAGAGAUACUUUUCUCUUGAAGUAACGUGUGGAGGAUCCUUAGUACCGGGUGGCAACAUCAACUGGUAAAGGAUUUACAUUAGUAUCGGAUGGUGUUACCAACUGAUACUAAUAUGAUUGGAGGCAUUAGUAUCGGGUGAUAACACCAACCGGUACUAAUAUAUAGAUUUUAAUAUCGGUUGGUGUUAUUAACCGGUACUAAAAGAUCCCUAGAUCUAUCCAUAUCCAUCCACCCUAAAAGUACCGGUCGGUAAGGUCUUCUUCCUACCAAUAUUUAUUAAGUGGAUCGAUAGGGUUUUUUCUAGUAGUGAUCUCAAUACGAGUUUCAGAUCACUCCCCUACCAACUUCCCACUUCAAGUGGGGCACAACCUGGUUCAAGAUUCAACCUACCGAGUUACAUAGAAGUUACAUAGAUUUACUGGUUCUGAAUAUAAACAGUACUUUUAAAGGUUAACCCACGGUUAAACAUACCAUAGAUCCUUUUUUUUUCAACCUAGAAGCAAGGAUAGAGUCCGAACUCCUCUUCUUCUCUGUUUUCAACGACCAAAAAACUCUUUGCUCAACUGAGCACAUUCAAGAGAAAUCUUGUUUUACUAACAUGAUAAGCCGGUAUAAAGGAGCUGGUGUUAAGUUUGAACUAGGGUUUAAGUGAUCUUUCUGAGCAGGUAGCAAAUAUGUCCUUAAUUCAAGGAAGUAAAACAUGCACAGAUAGGUUUUCAAUCAACUUCUAGACUUAAACAUUCAUAUGCAAUAUUAGGACACAAAGUAAAACAAGUUAAGUAAAUAGUAGAUGUAUAUGCUCCGGUGCUUGCCUUGCUCUACUUCGGGAGGUGGAGUUUCAACUUGGAGCUGUGGCUCGUGUUCAACCAUGAUCAUCUCCUCUUCCCCCGCUGGUCCUUCGGGUGGCAGCUCGCUGUAUUUGAUGUGGAUGUCCGUAACUUCUGAUUCUGGUCGUGAUGCUAUGUAAGGUUUGAUUCAUGCAAAUCAUUUUCAAAAAUUAAAUUACAACUUUUCUUCACGAUAAAGUUAUAAUCCAACCCCUAAUUACCUUCUAAAAACCCUAACACAUUUUAUCCUAAUUAUUUAAACCUUAAAUAAAUUUUAAAAUAAUUAUUAAGUUUAACUUGAAUUAUUAUACACUAAGAAAACUCUAAUUACCUAUUUAUUAUUAUUCUUAAUUAUUGUUAAUAAUUAGUUAAGAAUUAUUCAAAUUUUAUUAACACAUGAAAUAAGGAAUUAAAUACUUAUUUAAAUCCCUUAAAAAUAAGGAAAUUAAAUAAAUAUUGAUCCUUAUUAAAAACCUAAGGCUUUUAUGUUUUUAAUGCAUAAAAAUCACACAAAUGUAAUAAAAUUAGUUUCACUACUUUUGGAUAUUUCUACAGUUUAUAGGAAUUAAACAAGUUUUAAAAAUAUUUAAACUAAUUCUAAACUAAUUUUCUGAUUUAUUCCUACCCAAAACCUUUUCCCACUCACUCUCACCCUACCCCUCCGAUCCCUGUCGCGCGGCCACUGACACGCGGGCCCCGAGCCUAGGCACAAUACCCCCAGCCUCGGCCGCGGGUACAUGGCCGGGCAAGGCGCGGAGCUCGCCGACGGCGAGAUCUCCGACCACCGGACCUGGCCCACGAGCUUCCCCACUCGCUAGCGAUCCUCCCAAGCUCCUCUUCCCCAACUCUUCCCCACUCGCGAGCGGUGAACGCCAUCACCAGCAGCGAGCAGUGGCUCUGCUCACGGCGGCUGGCCACACUAUAGCCUCCCGACCACCACAAACUAUCCAGGGAGCAUCGCCGCAACGCACAGAGCAUGCUGCUCUCCCUAUCUGGGCCCCUGGACGGCCGCAGCUAGGGAACGCGGCAGCGCUCGCGUUCCGACCAUCUCCGGGUCGCUCCACGACCACAAGCUUCUUCCUAAGCAUCUACGUGCGCAUGUAAUGCGGUGCGUGCCACUGUAUCGAGCUAAAGAGGCUGCGAAGGAGGUGCUCACCGACAGCCUACCUAACUCGGCUCAGCGGCGGACCGAGGAAGACGAUGACGGCGAAAGGAGGGCUACGGUGGCUGGCUUGGCUCGGGGAUUGCUCAAACGGGUUGCUGGGUUGCUGGUGUUAUUGUGGGCGAAAGGAAUUGGUCCGAAGAGGGCUGUCGGCGUCGAAUUUCUCCGGCGACGAAGCUCGAGCAAUGAGGAACAGAAUGGCUGGAGAAAGACGAAGCUGAGGCGGGGGCGCAGUAUUUAUUCAAAAUUUCACCGCCGCGGAGCUCUCCACCUCCUGCUUGCUUUCUAGCCCGUGUCUUUGCUGCAGAUCGAUGCAUGGAUCGCUCGAACUUUAGCACCGAAAUUGAGCGGUGGGGCGGCGGCGAGAUAAGUUCGAGCGGUUUCUGGAAAUCAUGCGAUGAAUCGUUCCUGUCUCUCUGAACCCGACAAUUCAUAGCCUUUGGCCUUCAUAUUUUAUGUAUGCAAGGAACGUGGCUCCAUUAGAAAAUUAAAAUAUGAUUGUGAUUAUAGUGAUUAUAUAAUAAUAUAGUCGAUGAUACUAAUGAGUUUAUGAGUUUGUGAGCUCAAGUUUUUAGAAUUUUAAAAGUCUUAUGGAUGGAGUCUAAUCCAUAUACAAUUUGAUCCAAAUCAUUGUUAAGAUAUCCAUAUUGCAGUGAAAAUGCAGAGAGAAUAUUUUAGGAGUGUCUAAAUAAUAGCCGAGAUAAUUUGGAUAAGUUUCAGUAUAAAUACAUGCGUCGGUUAAACCGACGGCUUUAUAUUUGAACCGAACGGUGCAUUGGAAGAUGCUACUGCGAUAAAGUUAGUAGCCCAGAUUUAACUGAUGGAGCAUCAGUUGAAUGCAUCGGGGUAUCUGUCGAGUGCCAUAUCGAUCACACGGAGAAGUAAAGGACACCGGUUGAACAGUUACGCGACGUGCGGAUCGUCCGCAUGCAACCUGCGGGUCACAAACGCGUUACCGUUACGUUUACGCGGUGCAUGCUAGUACGUGGCAACACAGACCGAGUCCAAACGUGUAUCCAUGGCGUGAAAAAGAUGGACGGGGUUUCGCAAUAUGUCGCGGCUCGAGCAUCACCCACGCUCGUUUAAUUUCUUCGCCACAAACGCGGCGUGAUCCCAUCAAGUUCGUCGUUCACGACUCGCCGACUCAAGAGGGAGAGCCAAUCAAGGACGGGGAUGGAGGAACCGGAUUGGUCGUCCCUCCCUGCCGACCUCCUCGAGGACAUCGUGGACCUGCUGCCGCGGUCGAGCCACCCGAGGUUCGCCGCCAUGUGCAAGCACUGGCGCUCCGCCGUGCUGCCCUUCUACCCGGCGUGGCUCACGCCGGUCCUCCUCAACGCCGCCGACGUCGGAUCCACCAACGUCCGGUACUACAGCCCCUACCACCACAAGAUCUUCGAGAUCAGCGACACUCUGGAUUCUGGAAAGCCCCAACAAUGCCAAGAUCUGCUGCGCCAGGGGACGCCACUGGACCUCACGCUGUGCCAGCGUACGGUACCCGCUGGAGCGCUGCAGCUUCGACUUCGUCAUCUACGACGGCGGGCGCAGAAUGUUCGGCAUCCAAGAGAUCGGACUCACGGUCGCCCGCGCCAUCCAGUGCGACCGCGGCGGGUGGUACCCGUGGGAGUUUUCGGAGCUCAGCCCCGACGGGUCGAAGCUCAAAGCGUCGCCGGUGACGAGCCCGGUCCUCCACCGCGGCUUGCUCUACCUGCUGGGCAUCGACGGGAGGCUGGCGGUGCACGACGACCGCCGGCACGAGGAAGGCUUCCUGGUUCUUGACAAGCCCGGAGGGUUUGGUCCCGACCGCGACGCGGAUGAGUGCUACCUGUUCGAGUCCGACGAGGGCGAGCUCAGGGCCGUGCUCGUGGGCCGCCGCGGCGAACCGGUGGGCGUCGUCAGGCUCGACGAGAGGGAGAUGGAGUGGGAGGAGGUGGAGAGCCUGGGAGGGCGGGCGGUGCUCACCGGCACGGCCGCCACGAUGAUGAUGGAGACCGGCGUCGAGUGGAUGCGGAACAGGGUCUUUGUCCCGAGGCUCUACAGCUGGCCUGAGACGAUCCACGCUAACCUUAUGGAGAGGGGAGGUGAACUGGCCUUCGUGCCUGUAUCCGCUGCGGCGGUCGCGCGGGACGGUGGCGCAGGUGAGAAGGGCAUAUGGAGCUGUGGAUGGGACCCUGAACAGUCGGAGAAGUUCUGGGAGACCAUAAAAUUUUACCAGGGUAUCUGGGUCAAUUUCAGAAAAUAACGUAGGCCUAUCUACCAUUGGCUUGUAUAUUACCACUCAUUAUUUUUGCAGCUAAAUUUUGUUUUUUACAUUGGUAAAUUGGCAUGUGGUACUAGAUACGGUAUUUGUUAUGGCCAAUCAGUUAUACGCAAAACAAUAACAUCAACAUGCCAUUCUGUUGCGAAUAUGCGAUAAUAGGAUAUGGUGGGAGGGGUACUCAAAGCCUAUUUUGCUGACGCGUCCACUCAUAUAGGCGCAGCGACUGCGAAGAUCCUUGUGGCACCACCACCGAUCAACCUUAAGCGGCGUCAGUUCCAUUAGCCACGUAUACAUGCUAUAUCUAGCAACUGUAUAUAUUUUUAUCUAUUUUCAAAACACGUAAUGUUUCCAUCAUAAUUUUUUAUUUGAUCUAACUUCUAUCAUCAAUAUGUGGACCUUUGAUUCUUUGAUUCCAUCUUAUAUGCGAGUCAGAUCAGCCCUCCAUCCAUAACUUGAUCACGUAAACCUCUACAAAUUAACGUACAUGAUUUGAUCGUGUAAACCCGUACAAACUAACGCACCGGCAGCUAUAUAUUUCUAAUAUCUAUACAGUGUUUGUCCGUAGCAACGUACGGGCGUAUUCGUGGAUUGUAAUUGUAGGUUCUGAAGAAGUAGUCUUUCUUGUGUUCACAUAUACGUAUAUGGUUGCAAAUGAUUAUGUGAAUCAUAUCCUGAGAAUUCCAAGAAAUGAGAUAAAUUUAUUCUUUUAGUUCAAAUUGUGUA